GAAACGAGGCGAAGACAGCAGAUGGAAGCAGCUGAGAGACGAUUGAAAGAACAAGAAAAGAGAGGCAUACAAGAUCCUGAACGCUUGAAAAGGCAACAGCAGCGUCAACAAGAAUUUGAAAGAAGGCAGGAAGAGGCUGCUAAAUUGAGUGGUUCUAGUACAGUGGCAAGUGAACUAAUUGUGCAAGCAUAACUUUUCAGUGUUGCUCUUUUUCUACAAACAAUCAAAAGGGACUGUUAGAUAUGGAACAUUUCCUUCUGUUUUGUUAACAUUUGUAUUUUAUGUAACUACAUAUCUUUGCCAGUUUAAAUAUUUGUAAUGAGUAUUGUAAAUUAGCAGCUGCAGUUUUGUAAUCUGAGAGGAUUGUGUUUAAAAUAAAACAAAAGAGGCCCUUAAAAAAUUAAAAUGCCAAGUAAAUGUAAGAAUUGUGGAAGUACUGAAAUAGAUGUAGAUCCUGCACGUGGUGAUACAGUGUGUACAAGUUGUGGCUCUGUCCUUGAAGACAGUGCCAUUGUUUCUGAAUUACAAUUUGAAGAAAACUGUCAUGGUGGUUCUUCUGCUAUUGGACAUUUUGUAUCAUCUGAAUCACAUGGUGGAGCAAGUGGUUUUGGGAGUAGUUUCCAUACUGGUCUUGGACGGGAGUCUCGUGAGGUGACCCUUGCCAAUGCUAAAAGAGCCAUUACUGGAGUUGCGCAGCAAUUACGACUCACUCAACACUGCAUUGACACAGCUCAUAAUUUUUAUAAAAUGGCUCUUGUUCGUAACUUAACAAAAGGUCGCAAGAGCACUCAUGUUGUUGCUGCUUGUUUAUAUAUUACAUGCCGAGUUGAAGGUACACCACAUUUACUUAUUGAUUUCAGUGAUGUGUUGCAAAUAUGUGUAUAUGAACUUGGUCGGACAUACCUGCGCUUGUCAGAAGCUUUAUGUAUUACCAUUCCAUCAAUGGACCCGUGUUUGUACAUUCUGCGAUUUGCUCACCGCCUUGAUUUUGGUGACAAAACACAUGAAGUUUCAAUGACGGCUUUAAGAUUAGUGCAACGUAUGAAACGUGACUACAUACACACAGGUCGACGUCCAUCAGGCUUGUGUGGAGCUGCUUUGUUGAUGGCUGCACGAGUACAUGAAUUUAAUCGCACUACUGGUGACAUUGUAAAGAUUGUUAAAGUUCAUGAAUCAACUUUAAGAAAGCGUUUGAUAGAAUUUGGAGAGACACCUUCAAGUCGUUUAACAUUAGAUGAGUUUAUGACUGUUGAUCUAGAGGAAGAACAAGAUCCACCAUCCUUCAAAGCUUCUAGGCGCAAAGACAAGGAACGAUUGCAAGAGAUGAUGGAAGAGGAAAGUUAUGCAAAACGAUUCCGUGAAUUACAAGCAGAGAUAGAAACUGUGCUUGAGAAGCGUGGUAGUAAACGCAAAAGUAAAGUCCUUGCAUCUGCAUUUCCCUGUGAAGAUGGAGAUGCUGAUAAUUUUAUAAUGGAAACAACAAUGGAUGUUAUUAAUGAUUAUAUUGCUGAUGAUGUGGAUACUGCCUCUAGAUCUUCAAUGGAUGUUAGUUUGGGACCCAACAUAGCCAGCAUGGGAUUGGCAACAGCAAUGGAAAAGAGUCCUGGAGAAACUCCAAGUUUUGAUGUUCCUGAAUGCUCCAAUAUUUCAGAAAUGUCUGGUGGUUCUGAAGAAAAACAGCUGGCAGGAGAUGAAAAUAAUGAUGAUCCUCUCAUUGGUUUAGAUGAGGAUGAAAUAGAUUCAUAUAUUAUGUCAGAUACAGAAGCCAGAUACAAGGAUUCUUUAUGGAAUAAAGUGAAUGCUGAAUAUCUUAAGGAGCAGAAGGAGAAGGAAGAACAAAGGAAAAGAGAAGAAGAAGAGAGUAAAGAACAAGGUAAACCAGAGAAAAAGAAGAAAAGACCACAAAGGAAAACUGAUAAAAAUGCUGUUGCUAGUACUCCUGGUGAAGCUAUUACUAAGAUGCUAGAAACUAAGAAAAUAUCAAAAAAGAUUAAUUAUGAUGUUUUACGUAGUUUGACUGCUCAAGAUUCAGAGAAUACUAAGAUUGAGAAAGAAUCAACUGAUGAUAAAAGAGUUAUGUCAUUGGAGCCACGUGCCCCACGGGGUAUACCACCUUCAAAACGUUCACGUGUGAGGAAAGGUGAAGGUCUUUCACUUCUUUCUCAUUCUGCUCUUAAAACAGAACUGUCUCAGUCAUCUCUCAAGUCAAAUCUCUCUCAAAUGUCCAUCAAAACACCAGCUGAUGAAUUAACUCAAUCAUCCCAACCAUCCCAGUCUGGAUCCUCUUCAGGUAAAACAAUAUCUGACUCAGAUGUGGUCCCUCAACAAUUAGGAUGUGCUAUGGAAGAAAGCAUUGCUGGUGAAGUUGAGGAAGAUGACUAUGAAGAAGAGGAAGAAGUGGAAGAGCAAGAACAAACAGAAAUGUCCCUUGCCCAGAUGUUGAAUCAGCAUCGAGAAGAUGAUAUGUAUGGAGAUGAAUACUACGAUGACUACUAAAAUGAAUUCAUUCUUAAGAUGGGAAAUGUUUAAAAGAUGGAAUUUUGAAGUAGACAUUUGAUUUGUGUUAAUUCUCUAGAAUAAGAAAAAUGGUAUUGUUGUGAUUUUAUUGAUCAAGAAAUUCUAAAAAUUAUUUGAUAGGUACAUUAAUUAUCAUGAUCAUACCAGAAUGUCGGUUCAUUAUUUUUCCAUGAACACAAAGAGUUUGAGUUAUGUUUAAAAUACUGAAUGUAUGCAUGAAUUUUAUUAUGUAUAUAGGUUACAAACCAUGGCUUAACUGGUGACGGUUAACAAUACUGUUGUUGACAAUGUUUACUGGAUAAAAGUUUAUAAUUUAGGAUUAAGUUGAAAAGAUGACUUGCAUAUUAUGAACUUAAUUUAAUGAACAAGUAGAAUGUUAACAUAUUUAAGUUUUUAAAUAUGUUUGUACAUUUCAAAAUCUUCAUUUCAAUACUAGAUAAACAUGAUUUUGCUCUUCAGAACUUUAGCAAACUAUUAUAGCAAUUGUCCUUUUCUCAUCCAGUGAACCAUUUUUAUUUCUAGAUAUUGUGUUUAUAACCGUUUAUCACUGUACCAUGUUUGAAUAUUGACUGUGAUAACUUUUCAAUAGAGCUUCUUAAGCUAAGGUAUCACAUAAGUUUACCACCCACAGUUUAACAGUUUGUGAAGAAUCAACUGGAAGCUACUGCUUGUUGAUUUCAGUGUUCAGCAUUAUACAUACAUAUUUUUUUCUUCUUUGUACAGUAUUUAUGCAUAUGAAAAAAUAAAACACCUUUUGCUGAUUGAAUGAAAUUGGUUUUAUCAAUUGAAAAAUUAAUACAAGCAUAUGAUGUUGAAUGUACAAAACAAAAAUAUCUUGAAAAGCUUGAAUAAACUACCACGAAAACUGUAUUAGUUAGUGUGAUGAUGAAAUCUCAGAAGUAGAAGCAUAAUUAUCACCUGCAAUUUUAAGUUUAUUUGCUUUUGACUAAGUACUGAUGUGUAAGAAUUCAAGGAAGCUUCGUUGAUCAUUAUAACUUGUAGUUGCUACUUUCAGAACCUCCUUGCAAAAAUGUUUCUUUGGUUUGUGCUAUUGAUGUCAACUCUUCAAUACAUUGUUUUAUAAAUCGUUUCUCAAAGGCACUACUGACAAUUGAGUGUCCAACUUCACUGCGAACCCAUUGAACCAUGUGUUUGUGAGCUAAAGCUCGUAUCACUCGUUCUUGUUCAAGUUCCCAAUCCAAAUGCUGCUUCACCUGAAAUACAUACUUUAGAUUUUAUUUUUUAUUGACUCCAAGGCUGUCCAUAAUUCAAGAAUUCUCAAGAAAAUGCAAUUGUUAAAAUACCACUUACCAGAACUAGCUGCUUCCCUCUUUG